UCCCAAGUAUCUCACGCCAUUACGUAGUGCAUUGUGUGCGUUUUUGACGCCUCCCAUACGGACCUGAGGGAUUCGGCUUCAUAGGAUCUUUACACUCUGCGGCGAAUAAGGGAUAGUCAUUUGUCAUUGAUGACUGUGAAAGCGGCGUUCACACUUAGAAUGUAGACGAAAUGUGAUAGGCAUUAUAGUGUUGGGAUUGGAUGGUUUAGCAAUGUUAUCCCAGACAUUUCUGCAACAAUGGUCGCCAGGUGAAUUGUCCGUAUGAUAUUUCGACGAUGGCGACACCUGCAGAGCACGACCUUACAUUAGCUGAAGCAGAGAGCAACAAAGAGAAGUCUCAAGUAUUCGGAAUCCUUAGGUUUCAGGAAGAAAAAUCGACGGGUGAAAAAGCUAGCACCACCACGUCCACGACCAUGAGAGCCGGGGACGGGAGAUGGCAGGCCCCCAUAUUUGCACUAGCCAGGAAAGCAUCAGAGACCUUUUCAGGAAGCAGCAGUCAUGUUUUGGCGAAGGUAGCGGAACCCACAUCUUUUGUAAACGAAUGGAGUGCCCAAGCUCUGCGGGACCCUAUGGCGAUGGAGAGAGCCAACCUGCUGAACAUGGCCAAGCUCAGCAUCAAAGGCCUGAUCGAGUCGGCCCUCAGUUUUGGACGCACCCUGGACUCCGACUACCCUCCACUCCAGCAGUUCUUCGUUGUCAUGGAGCACUGCCUCAAACAUGGUCUCAGAGUGAAGAAGUCAUUUCUUGGAUACAACAAGUCUCUGUGGGGUCCUCUGGAGAUGGUGGAGAAGUUGUGUCCCGAGGCAGGAGAGAUCGCAGCCAGCGUCAGGGACCUACCAGGACUAAAGACUCCGCUGGGCAGAGCUCGGGCCUGGCUGCGUCUAGCCCUGAUGCAGAAGAGGCUGGCUGAUUACCUCCGCCUUCUGAUCACCAGAAAGGACCUGCUAAGUGAUUUCUAUGAGAAUUCUGCUGUGAUGGUAGAGGAGGAGGGUGCUGUCAUUGUUGGCCUGCUGGUGGGACUCAAUGUGAUCGAUGCCAACCUUUGUGUCAAGGGAGAAGACUUGGAUACACAGGUUGGGGUCAUUGACUUCUCCAUGUACUUGAAAAAUGACAUUGAUGACUACAGAAGUGAAGAAAGAAAUGGUCAAAUAGCAGCCAUCCUGGACCAGAAGAACUACGUUGAAGAAUUAAACAGGCAGCUUAACUCUUCAGUACACGGCUUACAAGGGAGGGUCGAUAACUUGGAGAAAUCAAACUCUAAACUCAUUGAGGAGCUGGCGAUUGCAAAAAACAACAUAAUCAAACUACAAGAGGAGAAUCAUCAGCUUAGAAAUCAGAACACUGUUAUUCUCAUGAAAGCUCAGCAGCAACUUGAGGUGACCCAGGUGGACGUGGACGUGGAGCUGGACACCUACAAGAAGUCGAGGCAGGGCCUGGACGAGAUGUACAACGAGGCCAGGAAGCAGCUCAGGGAGGAGUGUCAACUACGCCAGGAUGUGGAGAAUGAGUUGGUGGUGCAGGUGAGCAUGAAGCAGGAAAUGGAUCUGGCCAUGAAACUGUUGGAGAAGGACAUCCACGAAAAGCAGGACACACUGAUCGGCCUCCGCCACCAGCUGGAUGAAGUCAAGGCCAUCAAUGUGGAAAUGUACUCAAAAAUGCAGACUUCCGAUGACGGCAUGAAACAGAAGAACGACAUGAUCACUCGUUUGGAGGAGAAGACCAAUCAAAUCACAGCAACCAUGAAACAGCUGGAACAAAGAUUACAGGAGGUUGAUCGGGACCGCUGGACCGCAGAAGAUGGAACGCGCAAAUUCAAGCAGGACUUUGUCAACAAAGCCGACAGCCUCCAAAAGCAGAUAGCCCAGAGAGAGAAGCAGAGGUUGCAGCUGGAGACAGACCUAAAGAUUGAGAAGGAGUGGCAGCAGACCUUACAAAACAACCUGGAGAGGGAACGAGACAUCGUCGCCCAGCUCAGUGCUGAAGCCCAGCAAAUAAAUGGACUUAAAAAGGAGUUCCACAGGCUGCAGGAUGAGAACAGCCAGCUGACUGGAAUAUGUGACGAACAGGAACAGGCCCUGGAGGAGCUGGGAUGCAAACUUAGCGAAUCAAAACUUAAAAUUGAGGACAUAAAAGAGGCAAAUAAAGCUCUUCAGGGGGGCCAGAUCUGGCUGAAGGACAAAGACGCCAACAUCUGUAAACUGUGUGAGAAGGAGUUCUCCAUCUCUCGGAGAAAGCACCACUGUAGAAACUGUGGGGAGAUCUUCUGCAAUGCCUGCUCUGACAACGAGCUGCCCCUCCCUGCCUCGCCAAAACCAGUGAGGGUCUGUGAUAUGUGCCACGCCCUUCUUCUCCAACGCUGUUCCUCAAAUGCCACAUGAGAUGCCUCCUUUCAGCCCCAUCCACAGCUUUUACUUAGCCCCCCCUCUGAGUUUGUGUGACUGUUAUCAGGUAUCAAGCAUUCAUGUUCUCCUAGGUGUUGUCCUUUGUGUAACAUGAGAUUUGAGAUGUUACAUCUGUGACACUUAUAUGACACUAAGGCUGCGUUUUAGAUAGGCAGCACAAUUCUGAUGGGUUUUUUUCUUCACUUUUGACCAAUCAUAUCAGAUAUUUUGCCAAUAAUUGGGCAGAAGAUCAGAAUUGGGCUGCCUGUCUCCACAAUAGACUAAAACCAUGUGGGCAGCUGAGCAUAUCGUUCUAAAUCUGCAGUAAGAAUAUCAAGAGACGAUGCAAAGUAUGUUUCUCUAAGUACGGAGGAAUACAGUGAUUGAGCCUGUUGUGAUAAGCCGUGGAGUCAUUGGACAUAAUCAUAUUUUGGUUUUGUUGAGUCGUGUUAUUUCACUUGAAUGUGGAUGGUCUUACCUGUUGUAAUUCACACGUGCCUCUAAUAAGCCAAAAUACUGAAUGAGUACCUUUCACAGAUUUGUUUCUGCAUGAUAGAAUGCAGGCACAUUUCAGAAGUAUGUUUACCAAAAGCACUAAUGUUCCCAAUGCUGCCUUGGUUAUGAAGAAGAAGAAACUACAUGAAACAGCACAGCAAAUGUAUAUGUUGUACUUUUGAUUACUGACUGAAAAACACAAUAUUAACUUAAGUAGGCCUAAUUAAUGAUUAACUUAACAAUAACUAUUAUUAUCAUAAAAAUAUACUAUAGCUACCUAAAGUAGCAAAUGAUUACGUUUGCAAACAUACCCAUCUUGUAUUUAUUUUUAUAAAGUGGAAAAAAUAUUUCAUUUCAGAGUAUUUGUUAUUUUUCUGCACAUUUUAUUUGAAUAUUUGUCAUACAAGUUUAAAAUCUUGUAUCAAAGUGACAAAUAAUUUCAGAUGUACUGUACAUUAAUUUGUGUUUACCAAAUUAUACACUUGCUGUAUAUUUUGUUUUGUAUUCAAUCAGCAAAACAGUGUGUUUCAAUGUAUCAUUUUCCAAAACUGGAAUGAAUACUUUUCAUUAAAAAUAAAUGGAUAUGGUACAUCUCACAUAAUCAAAAUAUA